GUUUCCUUUCUUUAUACUAAUCAACCACACAUUUAGAGUGAGAAAAGUGCGCCGGUGACGGCGCCCCUGCUGCGCCGUCCCGCGCGCCACGUGAUAUCACUGCUUCAUUCCUUUUCUUUGUGCGCUAGAAGCUGCACGUGCGAGUGAGAAUACAUCAAAUAAUUAAUAAGUAAUAAUUACAAGUUGCCUGGGCCUUGUCCCAGGGUGCCUAGAGAAACGUCAUCAUGUCACGCAAGCGUCAAGCUAACGAUAUUCAAGAUCUGUAUAAGAAAUUAGAAAAAAUACAGAGAAAGUUAGACAUCAUACGUGCCGUUCCGGAAAGUUCCAGCACGGACGAGGAGGAAGAGCAAAGACAGGUGAUAGAUGAGGAAAAAGAAUCGGACCUCUCUGAUGCAAUAGGUUCAGAUAAAGAAGAAAAUGAACAACUUACUGAGCAGUUAGACAAAGAAAACGUAGCGCCAAGCAAUUCGGAUCAGAACACAGUGGCGACGGUCGACAAUGAGAUCCUCGAGAUGCUUGGAGAAGAUCCGCAAAAAUCAAAAGCGCUAGAUAUUGUUUUACAUGAUUCUUUGAAACUGCGUUGGAAUUACUGGAUUACACACGGAAUAGAACAGAAGUCCAAGGAAGAGCUGACGGUCAAAUACGCUCGUUCGUCGGAAUUCGACGCACCUAAACUAAACCCAGAAAUUUCCGCCAUACUCUUUGAGUCGGCAGUUAAAAGGGACAAUUUUAUGGUCGAGAAUCAAAAGCUAGCAGGAUCAGCUCUCACAGCAAUCGGCUCGGCGUUGACAUUGAUUAUGAUUGAGGAAGAAGAUAUAGAUAAGCUAUUAUUCGUACAGAGACUUAACGAAGCGGCUAAAUUAAUAAUGGCAAUCCAUUUUAACGAAACCGAGUCGCGUAAAGCUUUCAUUUACCCCGGAAUUAAUAAACAAUUUAAGACGACCAUUAAAGAACGAAAAUCGGAUACUUUUCUGUUUGGAGAAAACUUAGCAGACAAGAUUAAAGAAUCUAAAAGUAUCGCAAGUCUAACACAGAACGUCAAAAAUCAACAGUUUUCAAGAAGUCUGUCACAAUAUUCUAAGAAAAAUUUAAACGCAAAGAGCCUGCAGGUGAAGAGGCCGUUCACCAAUCGUGCAGGCUAUCCCAACACUCAAGGCCACAACCGCUCUCGUCUGACCUUCAGGACGAAAGAACCAUACAACUCGAGAGCACGAACACACCGGAGUUCCAGCAGGUCAACGAGGAAAACCAGAUAAAUCAGGUUGUCACAGCACCCCAGGGCACAACAUCUCCGUUUAAUUGCAGGGAGAUUAUCGGCAAAGCCUUUCUGAAAAAAGGUGUACCUCAAGAGUCAUUAGAAAUAAUGAUAGCAUCGUUGGCAAAUUCAACGAUUAAACAAUACGAAUCAUCUUUACGGCAGUGGAAAACAUACUGUGAACGAAAAGACCUAAACCUUUUUGAACCAACGUGCGACAA